AUGGCCCGGCAGGCGUCGGACGACUCGGGCCGACCCGUCCGCGUCGGGCUGGCGCACACCCGACGCGGCGGACCUGUCCCGCGUGGCCGACCACGUACCUGGGAGCGACGCGGCGGCGCGGGACAGGGAACGCGCUGCGGCGGCACGGGAUCAAGUCACGUGCUGAACUGCGUGCGGCGCCGCGUGCCUGCGGACUACUUCGCGGGAGGGGACUUGGUGUACAAAAAGACGCGCGUGGCUCCACGACUCCCGCCGCCGAGGACCUCUCCCCGUCUCCUACGACGCCUUCGACUCCUCGAGACGCCCGCGGCGGCGCGGGGGGGAGGGGAGGGGGCGCGCUCUCGUCCACUGCGUCCGCGGCGCGUCGCGCUCCGCGGCCAUCGUCGUCGCCUACCUCAUGUGGCGCCACGCGAUCCCCUUCGACGCCGCGCUCCGCCGCGUCAAGGCGCGCGCGCCGCCGCCGACCCCAACCUCGGCUUCGCCGCGCAGCUGCGCGGCGCACAGCCCGCCCCGCGCCGCCAACUCCCCGGCUCCGCGCGCCGCGUCCUCCGCCUCGCGCCGCACUCGCCUGCGCCCCGCUCCACCUCGUCCCCAAACCGCGCUCGCCUCCUCCUCCUCCUCCGGCGCCUCCGCCGCGAGCCCCCUCGACCCCCGCGGCGCGUUCCCGUCCACGUCCCCGCCGCGGUCUACGUGGGCUCGGCGCGCUGCGAGCCCGCCCAUGGCGCGGCCGCCGCUAGGCUGCGCCCAGGUGGUGCGCUACGAGCGGUGGCGGGCCCCGUCGUCACCGUCGCGGAGGUGCGCCGGAGCCCCCGAUUUCUGGAGCGCCAUCCGCCGCCGAGCCCUCGUUCCCGACCACCUCCAAGCCGGGAAGCGAGGGUGGAGCUCUACGACCUCGACUUCGAGAUUCUUCCAUCACGCGCUCAAGUCCCCGAAUGA